GUCCUUUAAUUUCUCUCAGCUCCCUAAAAACUUCUCUUAUUGCCUUCAUCACAACAAUUUUUUUCAUCAUGUCUUCAAGAAGAUCUUCUCGCUCCAGAAACUCCUCAGCUUCUUCUCCAUUAAUCUCCGACGAUCAAAUCGCUGAUCUUGUUUCUAAGUUGCAACGUCUCAUACCCGAGCUUCGUAAUCCCCGUGCCUCCCACAAGGUGUCGGCUUCAAGAGUGUUACAAGAAACAUGCAACUACAUAAGGAACUUACACAGAGAAGUGGAUGAUUUAAGUGAGCGAUUGUCACAACUUUUGGCAGCAACUGAAAACGACAGCGCCGAGGCUGCCAUUAUUAGGAGUUUAUUUCUGUAAAGAACCCAUUUAAAUAACCACAGUUUCCCUACCCAUAAAUUAAUUACUACGACGUCGUUAAUUUCCCUUUUUCAUUCUCCUCUCUUUAUAUUUAUAUAUAAUAUAACAUUAUAUUAUAUUAUAUAAUAUAAUAUAAUAUAAUAUAAUAUAAUAUAAUAUAAUAUGUGUAUGAUAUUUAAAUUAUUAUUUAGGUAGGGCUUUUUUGGCCAAUGUAUUAGGCCACUACACAGGAGGGUGUGUGAUAUUUUAUGCAUAAUAUAACACCUCUUUUGAGCA